AUGAAAUUUGAAAAAUACAGUUUUGGUGGAACCUACGACUACAUGCACAGUCGUUGCGAUCGCAGAUUAUACAUUUUGGGGUUGCAGCUUAUUUUUCGUCCAAAUCAAGCAAAUAAGAUAUACGCUCCGUUAGUGAUCCGCAGGCCACGAAAAGUAGAAACGUUUGUCCACGAUGCAAUUCAGAAGAGAUUCAUCCGAACGGAAUUUCAAAAAAAAAUCGGCACGAAAAAUAUAUUGCUGCUCAGGCACUCAGCGCACAAUCAGCUUGAGACUACAAAAGUCGGCAAAGCCGAGCUUUUUCUUUUGUGGUGCAUGAUCACCGGGUCAUACCGUGAUAUUAUCAUUAGACGGUUCCAUAGAGUUAUAACUCUUCGCACCGGUUGUGCAAUUCGCUGUGGUGGUUUGAUUUUUGUCAUUGCCUGCUCCCUCACGUUGCAAUCUCCUCCGGGGUACACCUUCUUUACAGGUGAAUCUUUUCGCCUGACCCUGCAGAACCUUCGGGCUAUGCACAUGCUUCGUACUGCCCUAGGUGGGUAUGUUUGGAUGCAGGGUCGCUCCACUUAUUUCAAGGUCACUGGCCCUGAUGACAUCGCCCUCGUUGACCCCAUUAGCGACACUGUGUGGGUUCUUCAGUCGAACAUCCUACUACCUCCUCACCCACGUAGGGCACAACAGCCUGAUCCUAUGCAGAGUGACUUUCAGGAUCAGCCCCCACCCACCCAGCCAUCUUACCCUGACCCCAACUCCCCCUUCACUUUCCAGCAUUAUCUUGACAUCCGUCAUGAUAUUGCUUCCCUUCAGCAGACUAUGACUGGUCUUCGCCUCGACUAUCAGCUAUUUAGCACUCAGGUUACCAGCUAUCGUGAUGAGCUCUUAGGUCUGCGCGGCGAUUUCACCGACUUCUGCGAUGAUUUCUUCUGUCGCUAUGCACCCCCAACUGCUUGGAAGGAGGAACGACGAUCAAAAGAGCAAAAAGAAGUAACAUGCGAUAGCAGGUUGGCCAAUUUGCAUCGAAAUAGCAACGUACUUCAUUAAAAAGUCUCGUGACUCGUUUAGGGUGAAACCUGCGAUCGCAGGCUGUCCCUUUGCGAUCGUAGGUACGGCGUUUUGACAGUUAGACGUAUAUAUACAACCCCAUACUCUUCCAGUAACCCGAAUUAGUGAUUCCUGGCGAUUCGGAGGCGAUUUUCAAAGGUUUUCAAGUGAAGAAUGCAGAUCUAAAGGAGACGAUUCGAUUCCAAUUCAUAGUUUAGUAAGAUUUAUCGUUUAAAUUUUAUUUUCACUGUUUGUAAUCCGUUUUUAGCC